AUGGGCCGCGCAUACACCCCCGAACAGCGCGAACAGGUGCGCAGCCUGCUCGAGCUGGGUCGCGAUGAAGAGACCAUCGAGAAAGAGACCGGCGUCUCCGACCGCACCAUACGUCGGUGGAAGUUGGAGCUGGAGCGGACGGGCAGGAUAGGCAAGCCACCGGAGAGCAGAACAGGGAGACAUCGCGUCCUCAACGAUGAGAUCGAAGCGGCACUAUUCGAACAUGUUAAGAGCAAGCCGGACAUGUCCGUCGAUGAUAUGCUGUGGUGGAUCUACGACAACUACAAGAUCGUGGUCGGCACGCGAACCAUCCGUAGGGUGUUUGAGCGUAAAGGCGACAAGCUCAAGCCGGGCAAGACCAAGGGACCUAACCGUCGCAAGAGUGGAGACGGCGAGGAUGAAGACGAAGACGACGAGGAGGACGACUACGACCAGAGCAUGAAUAUGAGUGCCCAAAUGGACGACCAAGCACCGGCUCAACGCACUCCGGCCAUAGCACCCUCGGCCGCUCAGCCAACUGGCCUGGUGCUGUAUCAGUCGCCCUACGCGCCUGUGUCGGGAUCGGGAGACCUACAACUAGAGAACCAACUCCGACAGGCGAUGGAGCAGCAGACACCACAGCAGCAGCAACCGUACCCGGCUCUAAUGGAUUUCGAGGGCGACUUGCCAGACGACGCGGAGACCAUCGAGCUGCAGCUACAACAGAUCGCAUUGCAGAAGCGCGAGGUGGAGCUCAAGCUGAAGAUGCGCCGCUUGAAAGGAACGCCGGAGUCCGCUAACAGAUCAUCAACCAGCUCGCUUUACAACCCGACUGCAGCAAUACCGCCACCAUCCAAGCGCGACUCCCGCAGCAAGAAGAAGAUUGAAGAAUCUAAGCGUCGCACGGCCGAGCGUCAAGAGCGCAUGCUUCGCGAUCUCGAACGCCGCAGUCGCCGUCGUGACCAUCUUACCGCCGAGUGGGUGGAAAGCAAAGACAUCUGGCCGCUGCGCGCUCAAGGCUUGCUCGCAGACCUCAUGCACCAGUAUCAGCUGUACACGUACAGUCAAAACAACGAGGAGUUGUUUGGGUUGAUGUAUCAGCAGCUCUAUGGUCUUGUGGACCACACCAAGGGCGACUGGGACACCAACAAACACGACGAGCUGCUGAGGGAGCGCAUGAAGCGGAAGAUGGGUCAGCUGCGAGCCAAGAUGCAGAAGACUGGCGAGAUUGUCAAUCGCAACGAUGGUUCAACGGGCUUCGAGAAGGCAGUCGACUACACGGGCGAACAGGCCGGCGCAGCGUUGGGAGACGAAAGCGAGAUGGUGCAGGAUCCUGCCCUUCAUGGCGAGGAUCCGAUGCAGGUUCAACCAGGUGCUCCGAACAUGCAACCCCACGACGACCACCUUCAGUACGACCCAAUGCAUCAUGACCAGCAGAUGCACCAGGCGAACAUGCAGUACCCGGCUCCGAUGCACUUGCAGGACCACGGCCAGUACCCUUUGAUGGACCAGCACCACCAGAUGAUGCCGUAUGCUCCGAUGGGAUCGCAGCAAGGGCUGUCGCAUCAGGACGGGUUGGUGAUGUAG